AUGUCUGGGGACUACACCGUGGGAAGAGUUGCCGUUCCGGGUACCGCAGCGUCGAUGCAUUCUGCCCAUGAAACCAGGCCCAUUGUCUCGACCUCGUUUAUGAACCUGAUGUUUCAGUUCACCUUCCCGCUGCUUGGUGCUGGCUUUGGCAGCAUGCCAUCUCUGUUCAUGCCCUCGGCCAUUGGCGAUGUUGGGAUAAGCACAAGGCCGCCGAAUAUGCCGAGUGAGAGCGUUCGGGUAGUAGCCGCCGGUCGUCUCGGUCGACAGAGUCCAGGCUCCGUCUCCUUCUAUAUCCACGCUUGGAAUGCUGCAUGUGGCGAGCCGGUCGUCAUAAUGGACGAUUUCAAGAUGAGUCACGUCAAAGGCGGCAUGGUCGCCGACCAAAAGCCCAGGUUGCCACGUUACAAGCUCGAAUAG